CAUGCUUGAAGCAGAGCUGUAACGAGGAGGGGCUUGAAACUUCCUCCUUAUGACCUCUGACUGCUUACAAUCUACUAAAAGGAAUGACAGGCAUUUCAAUCCGCAGAUUUAGAGCACUACAUCGCAUUUUACGAGUUGACAAAGUAUGGAGGACCACUUUUAACGAGUCGGAGGAGUAAAAUGACAGUCGGGUUAUGUCGAUCGCGUGGACUUGGUUGCAGAAGUUCGGAGCGUCGUAUGAUUUUUGCAUAGCGGCCCAUUGAGGACAGACAUGGGCCAGACAUCUGUCUCCAGUUUGUCUCAGAGAUCCAGCGUGGAAGGACUGGAAAAAUCUCCUCUGGCCAACUGUGAUGUGGUGGUGGGAAGCUCACAGUCUCCUCAGGUGAAAGGAAAGGGGAAGCUCUCUUCUCUGGGGAAAAUCUUUAAACCUUGGAAAUGGAGGAAGAAGAGGACCAGUGACAAGUUCCAGGACCUCUCCAAAGUUUUGGAGAGAAAAAUAUCCACCAGGCAAACUCGAGAGGAGCUCAUAAAGAAGGGUGUCCUUAUUCCAGACCAAGACGAUCCCUUGAGCACAGAGACCUUGAAUGGCCAUGCAGUGUCCAGUGGAGUUACUGAGAAAGUCAAAGUGGACAUUGAAACACCAGACACAGUCCCUGAGGAGAAGCCAGGACUUGCACCUGUUUCAGAGGACACAGAAGAGAAGAAGGACGGCAAUCUCAGCCCAAAGGCCAGUGAGUCAGGCGCUCCAAAAAUCCCUACUAAAAAACAGCAGGUCACACCCCCAAAACCCUCAGGUGAGGCAUCAGGCACAGGGGUGAAGAGAGGGGGCCAAGCAGGGACCAAAAAGGUGACCAAGGGCACCACUAAACAGGUGACCGCUCCAUCCAAGCAAACCACCCGAAACGCCACACGUGGCAAUGCUAAACCUUCGAAUGCUAAGAAAACUGCGGGCACCACCAAGGUUUCCACUCCGGCUUCAGGACAAUCAUCUUCAUCGACCUGCUCUAAGGCCCCAAAGAACAACAGCUCAGAACUGACAGUAGCACAGCCAAAGUCUGCCAAAAAAAACGAACCCUCCAGGUCUCCACGACCUCCUUCCAAAGUUUCGUCUGAGACGGAAAGCUCUAAAAAGGACCAUAAGAAAAAAGAGGUGACAUCCAAUGUUAAUAAGUCAGUUGAGGAGAAAUCCCAGAAUGGGAAGGGUGCGAAGGGUCACCCUUCUGAACCCUCUUCGGAGCAGGACAAAAAGCAGCCGCCCCAUGUAAAUGAAGAAACUGAGGAAACGUCCUUUACUAGAACUUUAAAUGAACUUUCCUCAGAGACUUCAGAAAAAACUGUGAACACGGAAAGCGAGACAGAGAAGGAAAGGACAACGGGGGACCAGACACAAAAGACUGAAGAGGGAGAGAAACCACAAUCCGUCAAUGUGGAAAGCCCAGAGGUGACCAUCAUUCCUGACACCAUCAGAGAAAACCAGGCCAAUGAUUCUGAUUCAGAUGGGCCUAUACUGUACAGGGAUGAUGAUGAGGAGGAUGAAGAUGAUGAAGAUGAUUCCACUAGCUCUCUUGCCAACAAAAUACGCCGCAGAGACACACUUGCCAUCAAACUUGGUAACAGGCCCAGCAAAAAGGAGUUGGAAGAGAAGAACAUUCUUCCACGGACAUCAGAGACGGAGCGUCUGGAACUACGCCAGCAGAUUGGCAGCAAACUAGUCAGACGACUGAGCCAGAGGCCGACCACAGAAGAGCUUGAACAACGAAAUAUCCUAAAACAGAAAAAUCUGGAAGAAGAACAUGAGGCCAAGCAGGAGAUCAAAAGGAGACUUUCCCGAAAGUUAAGCGUCCGGCCCACAGUCGCAGAGCUGGUGGCACGUAGGAUAUUGCGGUUCAAUGAAUAUGUGGAGGUCACAGAUGCAAAAGAUUAUGAUCGACGAGCUGACAAGCCCUGGACCAGGUUAACCCCUGCAGAUAAAGCUGCUAUACGUAAAGAACUUAAUGAAUUUAAAAGCAAAGAGAUGGAAGUCCAUGAGGAAAGCAAACAGUUUACUAGAUUUCAUCGGCCCUGAGGCGGUGCCUGCCGGCAGGGGUGCUGGAAGGCUGCUAACUCACAGCUCUCUCUUCCUGUUUCCUCACCAAUGUUUCCUGCUGGGAGACUAACAGACUGGCUCUCUGCGGCUGACGGCUAUUCUCUGGCACGGGCUGCGCUCCCUGCUGGCCGUCUUGUCUUUGGUUAUUGCUUUCAGCCACUGGGGGGCUAUACUGUAGCAUUACUAAAGAUGGACCAGGAAUGCCACUGCAAGCUGAAAACAGUGAGAGAGAGGGCGAGAAAGACCUUCACAAUAGAUUAAACAAUCCAAGGGUUCUGACCAUUUUUUUUUCUUCAUAUCUUUAAUUUUUUGCACACACUAAGGACAAAACUUGCACUCCUAAUUUAAAAAAUCCUUGGUAAGUGCAACAGUGCAAAACAUGCAGUGACUCAUUCUUGCAUUGUUGCCACAUUUUUUUUUUGUAUAUUCUACAUUUUCUCCUACAGUAUUCAAUGCAGAGUCCAGUAAUAUCAAUAAAUAUCUGUGCAUGUGAAAACCGUUUAUAAGAUAUAUAUAUACCUGUACAUUAAAUGGAUAGCAGAGUCCAUGUUUAUUACUGCCAAUAUUCAUCUGUAUCCCGAUUAAUAUCCUCAAUAUAAUAGAUGUUAUGUAAUCGGAUUUAUGUUGUGCCUUGACAGUGUUUUUGUUUUCCCAACGUCUGAAUACUUGAUAAACAUUGUAUUUGUACCUGCUGUUUAGGAAAAACUAUAAUCAAAUGUUCGACAUAGUCCACGUUUAUUUACCUUUUCUGUGUAAUGUUUCCUCUAAAUGUUAUCACGGUUUUCCCGGAGGUCCAGUUAAUGUCAUUGAUUUGGUUUUUAGGACUGCUUGUACAUAAAUUGGCCUGUUUUAUUAAAACAAAGUGGUGCAGAGUCAGAAGAUGAUGGUGCAGAAGAUGGCAACCAAAUCGUUUUAACUUUAAAAAUCUGAAAGGGCUUCUCCUCAUGUGAAAAGAUGGGAUUUUAGUCCACAUUUGAAUGUCACAUUUUGGUGCUCUAUGUAAUAUGUGCUUUGUCAAAGAUAAUUUUUUUGUUGUUAAAUAGUUUUUUUUUUUUUUUUUGAGGGGGGGCUAGUUUUUAAAUUAUUAUCAGAUCAGUUGUACAGACUGUAUAUGAUAUAUGUGAAUACAUAUAGUAUAUUGCACAA